UUGCUAGUCGGAAAUAAGAUGUUUACACGUAGCUGAAUUUUCACAUACACGUCAAGACAACUAAUUAUUUCUUUAUUUUGAAAGAUGUCGGGGUUCUUGGAUGGCAUCAGAUGUGGCGACUGUGAGUGCAACAUUGACUGGGCUGAGAAGAGAAAUACCAUUGCCUCAAUAGCAGCUGGCGUAUUGUUUUUCACAGGUUGGUGGAUCAUAAUUGAUGCAGCCAUAAUGUACCCCAAAGAGGAGGAGUUUCACCACGCGUACCAUACCUGUGGAGUCAUCGCCACCAUAGCAUUUCUUAUGAUUAAUGCAGUGUCAAAUGGCCAGGUGAGAGGUGACAGUUACAGUGAAGGCUGCAUGGGACAGACAGCUGCUAGAGUGUGGCUUUUCAUCGGCUUCAUGCUGGCGUUCGGCUCUCUUAUUGCCUCCAUGUGGAUUCUGUUCGGAGGUUUUGUUGUGCCUGCGAAGGCAGCAGUGUAUCCUGGGAUUGCUGUUUUCUUUCAGAAUGCCUUCAUCUUCUUUGGGGGUCUGGUGUUCAAGUUUGGACGUACAGAGGAUCUUUGGCAGUGAAAGGUUUUUCUUCAUGACCAUCAUAAACCCAGUGUCUGACUGUAUUAUUUCUCUUCUUUUUUCAUUCCCUUUUAUAAAUCUAGACUCAGUUUUCUCCCAGAAUUUCAAAUGACUUGUUCAAAUUUGACCUAAAAUGUUAUUAUUUAAAAUAUAAAGUUUUGAACUCAUGUUGAUAGAGCUUAAAAAAAACAGACGGAGCCCCGACAGGGUGAACAUGAUGGUUGAGUUUCUGUGCUGCAGUACACGAUUUAUGUGAGAUUAUUUAUGAGCUGCAGUCCAGUUAGCAGUGUUGCACUGAUCUUUUGUGUUACAUUCGUAGCUACCAUUCCAUUAGAUUUUAUUUACUUCCAGUGUUUACUGUAUUUAUCAUUCAAAGGUCCCAGUGAAAUACUACAUUACCCAUAAUUCCAAAGCAGAGUCUUUGUUUUUGUUGUCCUGGUUCCAGAAUGUUGUCAUUUUUUUAUUACUUUCAAUUUUUUUAAUAGAGUGGAAGGCUAGCACAGUCAUGUGGGUGCCACCCAGCUCCAUGGUCCCAGGGAAACCCACACUGCGUGGAAAGUUUAGUAUUGUUUCCCUGUUUAUGCGAGUGAGGUGGGUAAGUAAGUGAGGUUAGGGAGUUUGGCAUGUUUUUCGCACAUGCGAGUGAGGUGAGUGAGCGAAUAAGAAUUCCUGCCUUGUACUCAGUGUUUUCCGGUGGACUUUAGACCCAGUAUGAUUAUAAUACAUAGACAGGCAUUUUUAGCACACAUAUCCCCAAAGGUACCAAUAUCGUUCUCCUAACUCAAGUCACAGCAACUAAAUCUCAUCUUUCGUCAGCUAAAUGCAAAUAUACAGUCAUCUAUAUGAUAAACAGCACUGGUAAUGAUGUUCCCUUUUUGCUAUUUUCUUAUCUAUUCAUUUUGUGCGCCAAGUUGGGUUACGUUGCUUUCAGCUUUAAUAUGUUUGCACUCUUAUUUAUGUAUCGCUGUCGCUGUACAUCAAAUACAAGCACAAUUUCAUAUUUCUUUAGUCAUGUUGAGCGCCGAAGUUUGUGAAAGAAGCAGUCUUUCAGCACCAAUCAGUUAGUGGUGUUUGUUACCUAGGAACACUAAAAGAAUGUAAACUCAUGUUUUUCAUCUAACCUUUUUUUGUCAGUACCAAUAAAAACAAAGAGAGUCGAUUAUCA